AUUGACAUAGGUAUUUGUAUGAAGCAUGUGAUAGUUGAAGUCUAUGUUUGUGAAUAAUUCCAAUAUUAUGUCAUAUCCUACACAAUGCCGUGCAAGUAUCCGUCUGUAUCGGGGGUGUCAAUCGAUAGAUGGGAAUCUGCCUUAUAUGAUGAAAAACCUGUUAAAACUGUCGAAAUAACUCAAUGUUCCACUGCAGAGCCUGAAGAAGUUAGUACAACCGGGGCUGAACCACCAAGUGAGGCGAUGACUCACAGAUUAUGUAAAUGGAUUUUUGACUUAGUUAAUAAGCUAAAGUAUUGCAUAAGAAAGGAUUCGGCAGAUCAUGAUGUUAGCGGUAAACUGAUUGUAUUGCGAACGGCACUGAUUAUAUAUUCUACUGCCUAUAUAUGCAGUUUGGUGUUAAACAAGACAACAUUUGAUGGGAAAUGUAUGGGAAAUGUGGAUUUUGGUUAUGGAACCUUAGGGCAUCCAUUCCAUUCUCCUUUAGGGUAUAAUGCAUGUACUCAGAACACAAAAACCAAAAUAAUAGAACCAAAUUUUCAUAUACAUCAAAAUACAGAAGGACAACAAGUGCUUGUGUGGAAAGAAAACGAAAGAUGGCACGAUCGUAUUUCGGAGCCUGGUUCUCAGUCAUUGACAGUAUUGGGUGCUGUUGACACGAACCAUAUUCGAAUAUAUGGCGAAUGGUUUAGAAUAUUUACAGGCAUCAUACUGCAUGCAGGGUGGUUCCAUCUGUUAAAUAAUGCAUUGAUCCAUUUUAUUGUUUUAUAUAUAAUAGAACCGGAAUGGGGGUUUUACAGAACUCUGCUAGGCUAUUUUGUAACGGGUUGUGGAAGCUAUCUAGCUGGAGCUGUUUUUAUUCCCUGCCUUAGGCAAAUAGGUUCAUCAGGCGUACAUUUUGGGUUUAUUGGGGCCAUUGCACCGUACUGUGUUGAGAAUUGGUAUAGGAUGGGAUCGCCUGUAAUAGUUUUGAGCUUGAGUUUGUUAGUACCUCUCUUGGAUCUAUGUAUAAAAGAGGCAGAUAUUGGAAUCCAAAUACACCUGGGUGGCUAUAUUUUUGGUAUGUUAUAUGGUUUUUCUACAAUAAAGGCGGUCACACUGUUUGACAAAGGAGUUCCAUACUACCGAUUCACUAUAAAAUUUUUCAGCCGAUGGCUGAAAGAAAGCACUAGAAACCUAUAUAUACGAAAAGUUGUGAAAGCCUGUCAAAUUGAAGAAAUGAAUCGAAUACAAUAUGAAAACCAAGCUAAAAGCAGCACAUGUGGAUUUUUCUUCAUGAAACGUCUUUUCGGCGUUUAUCCACUGGGACCUUAUCGCAUGAGACCUCGUGAUUGGGUGACAAGGGGAAUCAGUUUUUGUUUAAUGGUAAUUUUGAUGACAUUUUUGAUUUUAAUGUUGUGUUUCGAGCCACUAUACAGCAGCUUCAACCCGACGGUAUCAAGUGCCUUCACACAAACAUGCAUUUGUUGUUAUAUUAAGAUUAGAAAUAAAUCUGCUCUACAAAGACUUCAAGUACUAGAUUUGGCAGGCAAGUACUUUUGCUUUAGAAGCAAAGAGUAUGCUAACAGAUAUUGCUUCUAAAACAAUUUCCCCCAAUCGCAAUGUUCUGUCUAAAUAG